AUGUCUAAUCUUCUCCUCGCCUUCAUUCUCAGCAAUGUUGAAGUAUCUGAGCUCAAUCUCUUCAACAUUCAGAUAAAGGUUUUAGGUCAGAAACAGCAAUCGAGGAGGGGGUUUUAUACUGCGAUUUGGAAUUCUAUUAUACGAGAGUUUUUCUUCAAGAAUCGUGCAGAUAAUCACUCAUUUGUAGUUUCGUAUCUCGUAAACUCAUGUGGGUUCUCGCCAGAAACGGCUCUAAAAGCUUCAAAGGAUAUCCACUUUGAGACCCCAAAAAAACCCGACUCUGUUAUUGCUUUUCUGAAGAAUCAUGGUUUUACUGAAACCCAAAUCUUUACAGUUAUUAAGAAGCUCCCAAGUUUGCUUUUAUGCAAUACUGAGAAAUACCUCUUACCCAAAUUUGAGUUUUUUUACUCUAAAGGGAUGUCAAGCCCUGAACUAGCCAAGAUUAUGAAUUAUAACCCAAACAUUUUCAGAAGAAGCUUGGAAAAGCAACUGAUUCCUUCCUUUGAUUUCUUUACCAAUGUGCUUCAAUCUGAAGAGAAUACUAUUACAGCAUUUAAACGCUUUGCGGGUAUUCUAGCAAUCAACCUGGAAAAUACUGAAAUUGCUCCUAACAUCAAUAUAUUGAGAGAAAAUGGAGUACCAGAAUCAAAAAUCCUUACCAUGUUAAGAGACCAGCCUAGAAUAUUUUUUAUUGGCCGAGAUCAAUUUAGGGAGACUGUGGAGGAAGUGAAAAGAAUGGGGUUCAACCCAUUGAGGUCAAAGUUCAUUCUGGCUGUCUUUGUUUUGAGAACAAUGAGGAAAUCGACGUGGGAAAAGAAGGUUGAUGUUUAUAAGAAAUGGGGUUGGUCUGAUGAAGAUGUUAUUGUAGCAUUUGGGAGGUUUCCACGGUGUAUGACGGUGUCAGAGAAGAAGAUUAUGGCUGUGAUGGACUAUUACAUCAAUGCAAUGGGAUUAGAGCCAUCGAUUGUUUGCAAAGACCCAGCACUUCUUUCGUUGAGCUUGAAGAAAAGAAUUAUUCCAAGGGGAUCCGUUGCUCGAGUUUUGUUGUCGAAAGGUCUAAUUAAAGAUCAUAGUUUGUUUAUAUUGUUUGCUCAUCCAGAAAAGUUGUUCCUCGAGAAGUUUGUGAAGCGUUAUGAAGAGGAAGCCCCUGAACUUAUGAAGCUGUAUACUGAGAAAUUGGAUCUAUCAAGGCAGCUACGAAGUGAGUAGGAUCUCACAAUGGCAAAGGAACCAAGCAUUAUGAUUCACAUUUUUGUUGUCACAUCGCAUGAUUUUGUUGAUUUCUCAGCGUUGAAUUUUCUUCUGAAGUGCAAUUAAUCCAAAACAAUUCGUCUUGAAGUUGCAGCAGUGUGAUCGGUAAUGUUGGUUGUCAAUUACUUUUUCUUUUUGUUCUGUUGUCAAUGUUGAAGUGUGUGUGACUCGACCUGUUCUCUUUUAUUCUUGGCAAACUAAUUAUUUGUUUUGCCUUCUUCUUUCUUAAUGCCUUGUUAAUUUUUCCUUAAAUACAUAAGUCCUCUGACUGGAUGUCUGCGAUUUUGUGCAAUUGCAAUGUCGUGUAUUGUUUAUCAGAAACUCAGAAAUGUUGAGGCAUUAUGAUGGUGAUACUUGAAUGAUGCAGAACAGUGAUCAUAUGUAUGUUAGCUUGUGCUUCUACUUUCGUUCAGUAAAUUACAGAGAAACUGCUGUGGGAUAUCACAUGAUGUCACACGUGAGGCGUAAUGAGACCUCAACGCUGGCGGCUAAUUUGUUCUCGCGGGUAGGUGAUUCGACUUACCAGGACCUCAUUUUUGCAGGAUAGAGCAUACCUAAUGUCUUAAUCCCUAUGACAUGGAAGCUUGGAUACCAAUAAGAAGAGAACAUAACAAGAGACGCCUUCUUCAUGGCUUUGGAGGGUUCUGGAUUGGUGUGUGCGUGAUUAUGGGGACUGGUGGUGUUGCAGAGAAUGGAAGUAGAAGAAUUGCUCUAAUUUGCUUCACUCUUUGGACUUGAUGCAAUUUAUACCAUACCAUGUACAUGUGAACUGUGAUAAACUAUUUAUGUGAUGCUCUCUCUUCCUAAAUGUGAGAUAAAUGGAGCAACACUUUUUUUU